GGCAACUUUUGCACAGCAGCCCUAUUUUUAUAUUUACUGUUGUUCAUCGCUUUUCAAAUGAUGGAAAGAGUGAAUUGUUUUGUUGGACCUAAAUGAUGGUGAAACUUUUAUUGCUGUUGAAGAUGUCUCCAUAAUAAGGAAGAUUAGAAAAUUGUGUAACUCUUGCAACAAGAUAUGAUUAAACCAAGGUUUCGGAGAUCAUUCUUUCUCUAUUUAGUCAUUCUAAUCAUUUUUGUUUUUGGAUUUUACAUUUCCACAUCAGUUCUUAGAAUCUCAGAAGGUUGUCAACAACAACCGAAAAAGCAAGAACUCAGGAGUAAAAUUAAUUCACCAUCAUUUUCAAAACAAUCAGAAUUUUUUAUUGUAAUAAUAUUUAGUGCUCCUGAAAACUAUGAGAAAAGACGCGUAAUAAGAAGAACAUGGCUUUUAACAAAAAAGAAUUUAAGUAUUCGUCAUUUCUUUGUGAUAGGUUCAGCUUCCUUGAACUUUAAGCAAAUAAACGCAUUGAAUGCAGAACACUUUCAGUUUGUUGAUUUAAUAUUGCUAGAUACCGUAAGUGAUUCUUUUUCCAAACUUUCCAAUAAGCUGUUACAAACUUUUCAGUGGCUUGAUAGUCACAUGAACUUUACUUUUCUACUUAAAGUAGAUGAUGACAGUUUUGUUCGCCUCGAUGCUCUGUAUGCCAAAAUAGAACAGCAACCAAAGGAGAAGUUAUAUUGGGGAUUCUUCGAUGGUCAAGCUCGCGUGAAAUCUAAAGGUAAAUGGGCGGAGUCUGUUUGGUUUCUCUGUGAUCGAUACUUACCUUAUGCCAAAGGUGGUGGUUACAUUCUAACUCAAGAUUUAGUUAGUAAAAUUGUGCUGAUGUCGGACCUUUUGUUUCUGUAUCGUAAUGAAGAUGUUGCUCUUGGUACGUGGUUGGCUCCCUUUGAUAUCCAAAGACUUCAUGAUCCACUUUUUGAUACCGAGUAUUUAUCCAGAGGCUGUUUAAACUCAUACUUAGUAACCCAUAAGCAAUCUACUUCAAUGAUGGUGUCUAAAUACAACCACAUUGUAAAGUCUGGGAACAUUUGUUUGUCAGAAUAUAAAAGUAGACCUUCUUACAAUUAUGAUUGGAAAGUCCUCCCGUCUCAUUGCUGUUAUCGGAAUGACAGCAAGGUGCCUUGAUUUUUUUUUUUGAAAGUUGGAUUGUCAAUUUAUAAAAAAAGCUCUUUGAAUUUCGUUUUCUAAAAAAUGACCAUAUUUGCAGAUCAAUAUUAUUAUGCUUUUAAAAAUCAAGAUAUCUGUAUAUCUUAAUUUAAUUUCUAUAUCAGAAGUAAAAUGUAUGACAGCAGACUAAAUAGCUGAGAUUACUUUAAUAAAUUAUAUUUGAUUGAGUUUUUAAAUUUUUCUACAAAAUAUUGCUUUUACCUAUAAUUUAUAUACUUGUUUAUUAUAAAAUCUACAUAUUUAGAGUUAACCUAAUGGAAUUUUGUUUUUACAAAAUGCAAUAUUUGACAUACUGUGUAUCAAAAAGUAAGUAUCUUAGUGAGGAAAAAAAAUGUAUUUCUGAUGAAAUAUUGCUGCAUAUAGCAAAAAUGUGAUCAAGAAUUUUGUUAAAAUUUUUCUAAAUUACCUGUAUAAGUAAGUCAAAGAAUUUAAUUUCUAAAAUUUUGUGAAAACUCUGUCUAGUAAUUUUUCAAUCCAAUUUUCUAUUCAGCUUAAUUUAUAUUGUCUCCCUCAAAAAACAAUCUUUUUGUAAUAUUUUAAAAUUUGUGCAAGCUUUUAAAAUCUUUAAACAGUUCUUAAGUUGUAAAACUGUUUUUAAAGCCCUUAAAAAGUGAUUUUUUUUUGUUUCUUGUCAAUUUUACACACUUUUAGUUUUCAUUAUUUUCCAAACAAAAUAUAUGGUUCUUAAUUAUUAUUUUAAGCAUCUUACCAAAAAAAAUUAUCAACUAUUGUUAAAGUUAUUAAAAUAUGAUCUGUGAUUAUUAUUAAAAAGUUAUUAAAAUGUUCAGUUUUGUAUUUUGUAUACUUUAUAACAACUUGUAACAUGGCCAUAGCCAGAAAUUCUUUUCAGUUGUAAAAUUGUAAGGGAUUUAAAAUUUCUUUUUCAUUCUGACCUGACAAAUUAAAGAUCUUAAAAUAUUUUGCAAAUCUUUAGUUUGAAUAUUUUGUUUUUAUUGCUUUUUCUAGACAAAAUUAGAAAACAGAAAAAUUUGAAACAUAAAUUGACAAGCCAUUUGUUCCCCUUCAGCUGAAAUUUUUUUUCUUUUUAAUUAAGAAUAUAAUUCAAUCUUUUUUUGCAUUUCUAUUACAGCCCAUUAUGCGCAAAUAGGAUCAUGGAGAUUAAGACCCCAUAAUUUAGAUCCCAUUAGCAUAUUUGUGACGAUAUGGUCACCAUUGCAUGCAGGCUGCCUUUACUUUUACUGCUUUACUUCGUCAGCUGAUACCCAUCAAUUUGAAGCUGAGCGGACUUUAAGAUUCCAAUGGGAAUCAAAUUCAAGUUCUUCACUAUGAAAAUUCAGCGCCUUAACCACUAAGCCAUUGUGGUUCCCUUUUUUUUUCCUCUGUAUCUUCUUGCUAUGUUUUUUAAUUAUUUAUGUGUAUCUGUUUUAUUGUUACUGAAACUUUCAGUAUCUAAAUUCCUUAAUCAUAUCUGUGAUAUCCUAUGCUCCUUUUGUGUUCAUGUAUUAUGCAUUAAAAAAAUUUCGCCACCUCUGUUUGAUGUAAUAUAAUUCAUCUGUUUAUCUUAUGUAGGUAAAUAUCUUUGAUGUAAUAAAGUGAAUUUAUGUAUUUUAA